ACUGUCAAAAUAUUUGUUUUCGUUUUGUUCGGAUCGAACCUCGGUUCGGAGGGUUUGAAGCGCGAUGCUUGAUUGUAGGCAAGUUUUGUGGUAUUUUUGAUUAAAAUCCCUUAAAAUCUUAUAAAUAUGUGUGUAUAAAAACGAAAUCAACUUAGAAUCGAGUUACACAUUGACGAUUGCGAGAGCAUCGAUUCCACACGAUGAACCUUCACUACUCUGUGCAGCGAGUUUGGGAUGCUGGGGAGGGACAAGCGGUGGCACGAUUACUAUCCCUAUCCGACCAGCAUGUCAACAACCAAUGGCUGCACGUAGAACAUCCGGAGACGGCUGUGGACCGUCAGCACGAAUCGCCUGUGGUUGAGAUCGUUUCGUGCCAUUUGAAAGUGCUCUUCUGUCUCACCAAGGAGCCACGCAACUACAGCGAAGCCUUCAAACAUCAAACAAACUGCGUCCAGGCGGUGGUCAAGAUGCUUCAGGUGAUGAAGGGCGAGAACUGGUUCCUGCCGGUCAUGUACACUGUGGCCAUCGAUCUCCGGCGGUUGGCCGUAAAAUGCGAACAACAGCAGAAAUCGUCCAAACCAGGCGAAAUUCUCGAGAAAGCCGCCGAGUGUUUAAUGAGCUGUUUUCGUGUUUGCGCCGCGGAUAACCGCUCAUUGGACCCGGACACGAAGCGACUCGGGAUGUUGAAUUUGGUCAAUCAGCUGUUCAAGGUAUACUUCCGGAUAAACAAAUUAAAUCUGUGCAAGCCACUGAUUCGGGCAAUUGACAGUUCGAAUUUUAAGGAAUCCUUCAGCUUAGCCCAGCGGAUCACGUACAAGUACUUUGCCGGACGGAAGGCCAUGUUCGAUUCGGAGUAUAAAAAUGCAGACGAGUACUUGAGCUUCGCGUUUGAGAGAUGUCCGAGGAAGUUUACAAAGAACAAACGACUCAUCCUGACGUAUUUGGUUCCGGUGAAGAUGCUUCUGGGGUACAUGCCUCGUAAGGAAAUUCUGGAGCGGUACAACAUGUUGCAGUUUUACGAGUUGACCGUUGCACUGAAGGAGGGAAAUGUGCGGCGGUUCGACGAAGUCAUUCAGAAGCAUGAGGCGUUCUUCAUCAACGCUGGAAUCUAUCUCAUUGUGGAAAAGCUGAAAAUACUCGCUUACCGCAAUCUGUUCAAGAAGGUGUACAUAAUCUUGCAGACGCAUCAGAUUGAUUUGAAUGCAUUUUUGACUGCGCUGCAAUGGGUCGGAGAGGACGAGCUGACCAUGGACGAAACCCACUGCAUCGUGGCCAACUUGAUCUACGAGGGACGGAUCAAGGGCUACAUCAGCCAUCAGCAUAAUAAGUUGGUGGUUUCUAAGCAGAAUCCGUUCCCGAAUGUGAUUGUUAAUUAGAUUAGAUGUAUGGAAUGAGACGAAAUAAUGAAUCAACUGAA